CUUGAUAUCUCACAUAAUAUUUCUUUGUUUGUUUCCUUAUGAGUAAUAAAUAAAUCUUUCAUAUACUCCAAAAAUUACAUUUUGAUAGAAACCUCUAUUUUCGGUGUCACUGUCACCUUCACAAGAAAGAAAAAUGGAGUCACUCUUGCAAUUACAUCAUCAUCAUGCACACAUUGCUUCAAAAUCAAGCAAAUCCAUUUCUCAUGUUCCUUCUCAAGUUACCAUUUUUCUUCAAUCAUCACCCAUUUCAUCACUGUCGUGUCGCCCUCUUCAACUUCAAGCUUCUUCCUCUUCUCACCCUUCUUCAUUUCAAUCCAGAGAUGCAGGUAAAGUAAGGGUGGAUGAAAGUAGGAGCUUGACUUUAGACAGAAUCAGGCACUCUCUAAUUAGGCAAGAGGAUAGCAUAAUAUUCAGUCUUUUGGAGAGAGCUCAGUAUUCUUAUAAUGCAAACACGUAUGACCAUGAUGCAUUCCUCACAGAUGAUUUUAACGGCUCUUUGGUUGAAUACAUGGUCUGCCAAACUGAAAAGCUUCAUUCGAAGGUGGGAAGAUAUGAUAGUCCAGAUGAGCAUGCUUUCUUUCCUACAUACUUACCAGAGGCACUGCUUCCACCUUUGAAGUACCCACAGGUUCUGCAUCACUGUGGCAAUUCAAUCAAUAUAAACAAGAAGAUUUGGAAUAUGUAUUUUAAGGAUCUCCUCCCAAGAUUGGUAAAAGAAGGAGAUGAUGGUAACUGUGGAUCAGCUGCGGUUUGUGACACUCUUUGCUUGCAGGCUCUCUCAAAAAGAAUCCACUAUGGAAAAUUUGUUGCUGAGGCAAAGUUUCAAGAACGCCCUUCUGUAUUUGAGGCUGCAAUUAAAGUGAAAGAUACGAAACGGCUGCUGGAGUUGUUGACGUAUGAAACAGUGGAGGCAUCGGUGCAGAAGAGAGUAGAAAUGAAGGCAAGAACAUAUGGUCAAGUGGUAAAGAUCGAUGAUACAGGUGAUAUAGUUGAUCCUGUAUAUAAAAUCAAGCCAAGUUUGAUUGGCAAUCUUUAUGGAGAUUGGAUAAUGCCCCUCACAAAAGAAGUUCAGGUAGAAUACUUGUUGAAAAGACUUGAUUAAACACAAGAUGGCCUGUUAUUUUGUUUUGUUUUAGAUGCUGUAGACUUGUUCAAGACCCUAUAGUCAUGCAGCAUAGUUUGCUAUUUUUGCUUUCCAAUUCUUAGAACUUGAUGUGAUUAUUAUUGACAUGAUGAUAGUUCUCAAGAACUCUAGGUUGAGGAAAGUUUUUAACACUUCUUUCUUUGAGUGGAGGAGAAUGAUGAAGGGUGUUUAUCGGAAUAGUUUUUCAAACAUUGUGACUUUUUGCAAGAUAAUUUAGUUGUUUGCCUCGCCCUCCUAGACAACUUCAUCGAUGUCAUUUGUAAUAUGAUUGAAACUAUUUACUACAAUAUUUGAAUUGAGCUCA